AUGUAAAGUAAGCAAAUAAUUAGUAAUGCAGAAGGAGAUAAGUUGCAAAAUAGCGCUAUGGCUCAAGGAUACUAGUCUUAGCAAUAGCUUAAGGUGAUAUCACAAUAGAAAGUUCAAAAAAGCCCAUCCAGCUACAUGAGCGAGGAGAACGCUCCACCUCAUAUGGUGUUCGAGCAAAAAAAAGUUAAAUUUUAUUCUUAAAUUGUAGCUAUAAAAGAAACUAGACUUAUUGAAAACCUAGCAUCUCUAAAGACUCAAAAAGAAAAAUAAAAGUGCAUUGAUUAAUUCGCUGAAUUGUUUGAUGAUUUAAUUAAGAAUAUCAUAGAAAUGAGCGAUAUAAUCAAACAAAUCAGGUUUACCGAUCUUGGAAAUUAAAAAGCAAAUGCUCCUACAGUAGUUCAUUCACAAGCUUCAGGCUAGAUAAAUAAUAAUGCAAAUGCUAACGGGGCAAGUAGUAUGAAUCCUAAUGUUCCAAACUAACCUGCUGCAGGAGCUAACAAUACAGGAGUUGCAGAUCCUAAGAGCAAUGUCGAAAUCAGCGAAUUACCUGAUUAAAUAAUCAAAGACUGCAAAUCAAUUCACAAUAUUUUUGCAGAUCUUGUAUAAGACUCAAGUCUCAAGCACCUAGAACUAUGUUGUGAGACUUUUUAACUUGAUGGAAAUGCUGUUAAUCUCAAAUAUAAAAUCUCUUAAUGGUAUACAGAUAUUAAAGACUACAUUGAAAAGAACAGGCCUCUUAACUAAUAAAAUAGAAAUGGAAAUAAGAAAAAUGUAGGUGGUUCUGGUAAAGGAAUAGGAAGCAUUUUAUGUCCUUGCUUUGGAUCUAAAUCAAAGCCUGCAAAUGCAUCUACCACAAAUAAUUCUAACAAUAACUUGAACAGAAACAAUACAACCCAGGCUAUUUAAAAUUAAAAAACUAAUUUUUAAAAUGAAAAUUGA